AUGAAGAACACCAACAAGAAGAUAAUCGACCAUUUUCGCAUUUGCAGGAUCAUUUGGCAUUUUCUAGGCGCUUUCAAACUGAAUGCCAGGCAAUAUUGGAACUUCUUUACUGUGUUUCACAUUUUUGCGGGAGUUUUGCUGCCACUGUCUCUGCUGAGAGCCAUUGCAAGUUUUGAUACGCCUAUGGAGAAUAUUACCAACUUUUGUAUGGCUGUGACUUCAGUGUCCACGACACUGAAAUUUCUAUGCUAUAUGUCCAAAAUGGAUACACUUGAACAACUCGAAAAAAUACUCAAACAACUGGAUACUCGUGUGAACGGUUCGCAGCAAGGUCUUUGCUUCUGGCAAAUGGUCAAGCAAAAUCGCAUACUGUGCAAUUUGUAUUUGGUUAUCUAUAUAUCGUUAACUCUAUUUACUGAGAUAUCGUUUUGGUUGCGCAGCGGGCGAAGUUUAAUUUUUCCAGGAUGGUUCCCACUGGAUUGGUCGGAGUCAUUGAUUAAUUAUGUUUUAGCUCUAAGUUUUCAAUGUGUUAGCAUUUUCAUACAAAUCAUGGAGAACAUGGUAGACGACUUGUUUCCGCCUUUGGCCCUAAAUCUUAUUGCUGGUCAGUGUGAGUUACUCGCACUGCGUAUCUCUGGCAUAGGACACAACAAAAAUGAUAACCAACGGACAAAUGAAAAGGAGCUAAUCAACUGCAUUUGCGAUCAAGAGAAGCUUCAUAGACUCUUCCAGCUUACCAUGGAUAUUAUCUCAUGGCCCAUGCUAAUCCAAUUCAUUGUGAUUGCCAUCGAUUUUGGUACAUCGAUGUUUACUUUGAUUUUCUAUGCGAAGACGCCACAGGACCGAUUCUUCUUUACAUUCUUCCUCGUGGGACUCAAUUGUGAAAUAUUUCCCGUUUGCUAUAUUGGUGCCAAUGUAGAUUUCCAAUUUGAUCGCUUACACUAUGCUAUAUUCUGCAGUAAUUGGAUCAAUCAAAGUCGUCAAUAUCGUCAGAAUGCCUUAAUUCUAGCUGAACGAAUAAAGAAGCGACCCUUACUCUUAGCUGGUCACAUGGUGCCCAUUCAUUUGACAACUUUCAUGGCGAAUUGUAAGGCAGCCUAUUCGAUUUUCACUCUAAUUGGAGACGCUGGCAAUAAAUAGAACUCACAUUUUUAUUAAUUUUUGCAAAUA